AUGGCGGAAAUAAUACACAACGUAAAAAUCGAUAAGCUUAGCUCCUUGUCUCCUUUUUCGGCAGGAAUUGUAGAGACAUCUGAUCCCGACGACCCAGUUUGGAAAGAAAUUUGUAAAAACGAAAAGCUGCAGAAACUUCUUGGCGCAAAAAUAGAAAGUAAAUGGCAACAACCGCGCCCCUUAACGAAGAUGUGCCACAAGCUUAUUACCAACUAUAAUACCCGCUCGAACCAUUAUUUGGAAUAUAUAACUUGCUCAAAAACCGACGAUCCGACGUUACAUAAAGCCAGAGACAUUCUUGAUAACAU